AAACCCAAGACAGCUGAAAACCAGAAGGCGUCUGAGGAGAAUGAGAUUACUCAGACGGGUGCAUGCAGUGCCAAGCCGGGCCUUCCCUGCCUGAACCUUGAAGCUGUUCUGUCUUUGAGCCCGGCCCUCAUCUACUCAUCACAUUCACCGACAAACCUGCACGCACACACAGGGUCAUCUGAUUGUAACAUCAGUUGCAAGGGGAUGACAGAGCGCAUUCAUAGCAUCAACCUUCACAACUUCAGCAAUUCUGUGCUCGAGACCCUCAACGAGCAGCGCAACCGUGGCCACUUCUGUGACGUGACGGUCCGCAUCCACGGGAGCAUGCUACGCGCCCACCGUUGCGUGCUGGCGGCUGGCAGCCCCUUCUUCCAGGACAAACUGCUGCUGGGCUACAGUGACAUUGAGAUCCCCUCAGUGGUGUCAGUCCAAUCCGUGCAAAAGCUCAUUGACUUCAUGUACAGCGGGGUGCUGAGGGUCUCACAGUCGGAGGCCCUCCAAAUCCUCACAGCUGCCAGCAUCCUGCAGAUCAAGACUGUGAUUGAUGAGUGCACAAGGAUUGUCUCACAAAAUGUGGGAGAGGUCUACCCAGUGAUUCAGGAUUCUGGCCAGGAGACACCCAGGGGAACACCCGAAUCAGGCACCUCGGGGCAGAGCACUGACACAGAGUCUGGCUACCUGCAGAGCCACUCGCAGCACAGUGUGGACAGGAUCUAUUCAGCCCUUUAUGCCUGUUCCAUGCAAAAUGGCAGUGGUGAGCGCUCCUUCUACAGUGGGGCUGUGGUCAGCCACCAUGAAACAGCCCUGGGGCUCCCCAGGGACCAUCACAUGGAAGACCCCAGCUGGAUUACCCGGAUCCAUGAGAGAUCACAGCAGAUGGAGCGGUACCUUACGACCACUCCAGAGACCACACACUGCCGCAAGCAACCACGCCCUGUCCGAAUUCAAACCCUGGUGGGCAACAUCCAUAUUAAGCAAGAGAUGGAGGAUGACUAUGACUACUAUGGCCAACAGAGGGUGCAGAUCCUUGAGCGCAAUGAGUCUGAGGAAUGCACUGAGGACACUGACCAAGCAGAAGGCACUGAGAGUGAGCCCAAAGGGGAGAGUUUUGACUCGGGAGUCAGUUCCUCCAUUGGCACUGAACCCGAUUCCAUGGAGCAGCAGUUUAUGCCUGGCCUAGGCCGAGAUGGGCAGCAAGAAUCUUCCCAAGCAGAUCAAACUGACAUCCCUGCUGAUGGCACUCAGCCUCAGCAGCAGCAACAGCAUGUAGAUGCCAACUCUUCCUCGCCAGAGAGAAGCAAUGACGUUGAAAUGGACAGCAAAGUGCUCGCAGUCAAUAACAGCACCGAAAAGGGGGCUUUGCAGCCUUCUGUCAAUACAACUGUUGCCCAGCCAUUGCCAACCACACAGAUCUACUUACGCCAGACAGAAACCCUCACCAGCAAUCUGAGGAUGCCACUGACUCUGACCAGCAACACUCAGGUCAUUGGCACAGCUGGCAACACCUACCUGCCUGCCCUUUUCACUACACAGUCUGCUGGCAGUGGUCCUAAGCCUUUUCUCUUCAGCCUGCCCCAGCCCUUAGCUGGCCAACAGACGCAGUUUGUCACAGUGUCCCAGCCUGGCCUGUCAACCUUUACUGCCCAGCUGCCAGCCCCACAGCCCCUGGCCCCAUCUGCGGGCCACAGCACAGCAGGUGGACAGGGCGAAAAAAAGCCUUAUGAGUGCACUCUCUGUAACAAGACUUUCACCGCCAAGCAGAACUACGUGAAGCACAUGUUUGUACACACAGGUGAGAAGCCCCACCAGUGUAGCAUCUGUUGGCGCUCCUUCUCUUUAAAGGAUUACCUAAUCAAACACAUGGUGACACACACUGGCGUGAGGGCAUACCAGUGCAGUAUCUGCAACAAGCGCUUCACCCAGAAGAGCUCCCUUAAUGUGCACAUGCGCCUCCACCGUGGGGAGAAAUCCUACGAGUGCUACAUCUGCAAGAAAAAGUUCUCCCACAAGACCCUGCUGGAGAGGCACGUGGCUCUGCACAGCGCCACCAACGGCACACCUGGAGCCACUGGCACUGGCGCGAGGGCCGUCCCUGCUGGGGUGGUGGCCUGCACGGAGGGGACCACGUACGUCUGCUCUGUCUGUCCAGCUAAGUUUGACCAAAUCGAGCAUUUCAAUGACCACAUGAGGAUGCAUGUGUCAGACGGAUAAGUAGAAUCUCUCUCUCUCUCUUUAUUAUGAACAAAAAAUAGAAACGACAAA